AUGGCGGAGCAUGCUCUUGAAAUGACUUUCAAUAUUUGGUAUCGUCUUUCAGAGUUCCUUUACGACAGAAAUGAUGAUAGUCUGUCAGAAAAAUUCAGACCAUUUAUUGAAAGGUAUUUGCUGGCGUUGUACCGGCAUUGUCAACUGGAUCCUGAUGAAAAAGACGUGCCAGAUUACGAAGGUGAACAUGAAUAUCGUUUGAAGAUUGCUGAUUCUAUCAAAGAUGUUGUUUUUAUUGUGGGAACAGACAAUUGUGUUAGCAAUAUGAUCACAAUCUUGCAUUCCUGUGCAAUGGGUACUUGGGUUGAAUCUGAAGCCGCACUUUACAUAAUAUCGGUUGUAAUACAUAAUGUGCUACCAACAGAGGAAACUGUAGUUCCAUCAUUGGUAAGGGCGGUGCUGGAGCUUUCGCCAGACUCACAUCCUGCACUUUUUCACACAGCUAUUAGAUUGUUCGGGAAUCUUGUGGAUUGGCUUGACGAAAAUAAAGCCUACCGAGAUGAGUGCAUUGACUGGUUACUAAAUAAGGCACAGAGUGAAAUUUACGUGAGGGUUGCUGCAGAGUCAUUGGAGACCAUAUUUGAUAAGUGCGGGGCAUCUCUAACAAAGUAUUUUGAGAGGCUUCUUGCUCUAAUACCUGUUCUUCAAAAAACUACGUCGAAAGGACAACAAGUUGAAGCAUCAAUUCUAUCAUUGUUGAAAGCAAGCGCAUCAUUAUUAAAUGGCCUUCCACCAGAAGAAAUGGCAUCAUGUUUAAAGGUGAUCACAGACCCUCAAACUGAUCGCUUGGCUUUGGCAACUAAGGAUACCCUGCCUAAUGGUUCUUCACCAUCAUCUCAAACAAAUAACGAGAACUGUUCUGAUGCUUGGGUGCAACUCACCAAUGAUCCGGUUUUGUGGAUCGACCGUAUUGCGGCUAUUUUUAGACAACUCCAGCCGUGGCAAAGUCAACCUGCAAAAUCAACGUCUCCGAAUAACAACGUAGCUCCCGUUCCCUUUCUUGAUACUGUGAAUAAGGUUUGGCCAGUUCUCUCUAUGGCGCUAAACAAAUUUGAGGACAAUACGAGGGUUGUGGAGCACCUCUGUCGAACAAUUCGGUUUCUUAUUCGUUCACUUGGAGUUCAGUCUAUUAUAUUUGUCGACCCGUUGGUUCAUCAGAUGAUCGACAUUUACAACCGUCAUCAACAUUCUUGCUUUUUAUAUUUGGCUAGUAUACUAGUGGACGAGUAUGGUCAGUUAGAACACUACAGGCAGGGUCUUGUGCUUAUGCUACAGGCAUUAUCUGAAGAGUCUUUCAAGCUGCUUCUUCGUUCUAAUAAUUUUCGAGAACAUCCAGAUACAAUUGACGAUUUGUACAGGCUUGGUAUCAGAUUUGUGCAUCGUGCUGCAUCCGUUUUCUUUAUAUUACCCGUCUGUGAGCGUCUAUUUGAGUGCGGUAUAUCUGCGCUUGACGUUGAUCACGUCGAAGCGAAUCGGUCUGUUACGAAGUUCUUUAUAGAGUCUGUUGACUCAAUUUUGAUUGCAAGAAAGGCGAAUUAUCGAGACAAAGGCGUUGAAGGUGCAGAAAGUUUAUUGGAUAAGUACGGCGAAAGAUUAGUGUCGGGUUGUUUGAGGGCUUCGAUUUUCUCAGUAACAGGAUCUUUGAGGCGAGACAUGGCUGAAGUGAUUUUUAUGAUCGGAAAGAUGUCGAAAGAGAAAUUAUCGGAGUGGCUAAAUAGUGCGUUAGGUACCCUACCUAGAGAUGUUGGGCUAGCAGCAACGACACAACAGUUACAAGGAUUUCACCGGAAUGUUCUCGAGUUGGCAAUGUGA